AUGGCUAUUUUCUUGGCAGCUUUGAGGGACAGGUCUGGUGGCCAAUAGGCCUGCAGUCUUGGGCAGAACCACCCAAUGGGAGCGUGCGGAUCCGGGCUGAGGGGCGGUCCGGGCAAGGAGGCAAGUUAGGCUGAGGAGUGGGCUUUUAGAAGUUGCCGUGCGGCUGAGGCAGCGGCGGGGAAGAUGGCAGAUUUUUUGAAAGGAUUACCAGUCUACAACAAAAGCAACUUCAGUAGAUUUCAUGCAGACUCUGUAUGUAAAGCAUCGAACAGAAGACCGUCAGUAUAUCUUCCCACAAGGGAAUAUCCAUCUGAACAAAUCAUAGUAACAGAAAAGACAAACAUACUUUUGCGUUAUCUACAUCAGCAAUGGGACAAAAAGAAUGCAGCAAAGAAGAGAGAUCAAGAGCAAGUGGAAAUAGAAGGUGAGAAUUCGGCACCACCACGGAAAAUUGCCCGGACAGACAGCCAGGACAUGAAUGAGGACACUUAAACUCUUGCUCUCUCCUACACUAUUUUGCAGGCGCUUCCUGUUUUGUCUCAAAAUGUGUAAAUUUCCGCGCCCCUUCCCCCCCCUCCACUAUGCAGCCCAAACCACUUCUGACUUCAUAGGAGCCAAUGUAUUUAUUUUUUCUCCAGUUUUUAUUUAUGCUGUAAAACUUACGGAGCAAUCGAUGGUGGAACAAGUCAGCAAAUGAUGUAGUGUAACUUUAAUCCUUUU